GGCCAUGGGCAUUUAUGUGCAGCCCUAGUCAUCCAAGCCAGUAAAAUAAAAAACGUUUUCUGGCUUUUCUAAUUUUAUUUUUAAGAACCCUAAAAUUGCUCUUCCCUUUCAAGUAGCAGCCGAGCACUCCAAUCUCUACCACUCCAUUGCAGAGUACCUCAUAGACAACCACGCUAUUGCCGAUAUCCAUCUGAUUCACUCGCUGCACUCUGCGGAAGGCCACUCUUUCCCUCGUGCUCGUGGCUUGCACCAACCUAUCUUUUUCCUUGGCGCCCUCACAUUCUCCUGCCUAUCUCGGCUCCCCUCCGUGACAACACCACUGAAGAUUGGCUUCUCACUUCUCGAAUAGGGCUUUCAAGACCUUUCUCCGCCCUGCUUUUAUAUAAAUGCUAUAAGUAGAAUCCUCUUUCGCCGAAAUGUCCAAUAAUGGUGGUGAAGUCCCUAAUCCUCCUAUCAAAAGUUCCCCCAUUGAUAAGCAGUUUCUUGCUGCGCCCAUUAAAUCUGCAGUAGACAAGUUUCAAUUACUUCCUGAAUUUUUGAAGAUCAGGGGAUUGGUUAAACAACACUUGGAUUCCUUUAAUUACUUUAUCAAUACUGAAAUAAAAAAGAUUGUACGUGCCAAUGAUCGUAUUGUGUCGAGUGUCGACCCAAGUAUCUAUCUCAGGUUUAAAGAUAUUCGAAUUGGCGAGCCGUCUGUGACAUUGGAUGGUGUCAGUGAAAAACUUGAACCCCAAACAUGUAGAUUAUCUGACAUGACGUAUGCUGCUCCAAUAAAAGUGGAUGUUGAAUAUAUUGAAGGAAGUCACCACUUAAAAUCUAAAGUGGAAAAGAAUGACGUCAUUAUUGGAAGAAUGCCUAUCAUGUUGCGGAGUUGCUGUUGUGUCUUAUAUGGAAAAGAUGAAGCUGAACUUGCAAAACUUGGUGAAUGUCCACUUGAUCCUGGAGGAUAUUUUGUAAUCAAAGGAACUGAAAAGGUGCUUCUUAUACAAGAGCAACUAUCUAAAAAUAGGAUUAUAAUUGAUACAGACAAGAAGGGGAACAUAAAUGCAUCUGUCACAAGCAGCUCGGAGGCAGUGAGGAGCAAAACUAUUAUACAAAUGGAAAACGGGAAGUUGUAUUUGAUGCUUAAUCAAUUUUCAACAAAAAAGAUUCCUAUUAUGGUAGUCAUGAAGGCCAUGGGAAUGCAGAGUGAUCAAGAAGUAGUACAAAUGCUUGGAAGAGAUCCUCGAUAUAGUGGCCUCCUUAUGCCAUCUAUUGAGGAAUGUGUGAAGGAAGGAAUUUAUACAAAAGAACAAGCCUUGGAGUACCUUGAGUCAAAGGUGAAAAAGUUCAUGUUCUCUAAUGCGUCAUCUGAGAAGGAUGGUAGAGUAAUGCCAAUCCUUCGAGAUGUAUUCCUUGCUAAUGUUCGGGUGCAUCAUAAUAACUUCCGCCCAAAAUGCAUAUAUGUUGCCGUAAUGUUGAGGCGCAUAAUGGAUGCAAUUUUAAACAAGGAUGCAAUGGAUGACAAGGAUUAUGUUGGGAACAAGCGGUUGGAGUUAUCUGGUCAGCUUAUUUCCCUACUUUUUGAGGAUUUGUUCAAGACAAUGAUUAGUGAGGUUAAGAAGACUGUGGAUACUAUUUUAACAAAGCCCAGCAGGUCUAGUCGUUUUGACUUUUCUCAGUGGAUAGUGAGAGAUAGCAUAACAAUGGGACUUGAGAGGAGCCUUUCUACUGGGAAUUGGGAUGUUAAGCGAUUUAAGAUGAGCCGGAAAGGCAUGACACAGGUACUUGCUAGGCUAUCCUUUAUAGGUACUCUAGGCCAUAUGACCAGAAUCCUCCCCCAAUUUGAGAAAUCAAGGAAAGUGAGUGGACCAAGAGCUUUGCAACCUAGCCAGUGGGGCAUGCUUUGCCCAUGUGAUACUCCAGAAGGUGAAGCUUGUGGACUUGUGAAAAACUUGGCGCUAAUGACGCAUGUAACAACUGAUGAAGAAGAAGGUCCACUUAUAUCUCUGUUCUACUGUCUUGGUGUUGAGGACUUGGAACUACUUUCGGGUGAAGAACUUCACUCGCCAAAUUCAUUUCUAGUGAUAUUCAAUGGGCAUAUUCUUGGCAAGCAUCGGAGGCCGCAGCGUUUUGCCACUACAAUUAGAAUGCUACGUAGAGCUGGAAAAAUUGGAGAGUUUGUCAGUGUCUUCCUCAAUGAAAAGCAGCGUUGUGUCUACAUUGCUUCUGAUGGAGGUCGAGUUUGUCGUCCACUUGUCAUUGUUGACAAAGGCAUACCAAGAGUCAAAGAGCAUCAUAUGAAGGAGUUGAUGGAUGGAGUACGCACAUUUGAUGAUUUUUUACGUGAAGGGUUGAUUGAGUAUCUUGAUGUCAACGAGGAAAACAAUGCUUUGAUUUCUUUGUACGAACAAGAUGUUAAGACUGAUACAACACAUCUUGAAAUAGAACCGUUCACCAUCUUGGGUGUGAUUGCUGGGUUAAUACCAUAUCCUCAUCACAAUCAGUCUCCUAGAAACACUUACCAGUGUGCUAUGGGAAAGCAAGCAAUGGGGAACAUUGCAUUCAACCAGCUGUGCCGGAUGGACACAUUACUUUACCUGUUAGUGUAUCCUCAAAGACCGUUAUUAACGACAAGGACAAUUGAACUGGUUGGCUACGAUAAGCUUGGAGCAGGGCAGAAUGCAACUGUUGCUGUAAUGAGUUUCAGUGGCUAUGACAUAGAGGAUGCAAUAGUCAUGAACAAGGCUUCUCUAGAUCGUGGCUUUGGCCGUUGUAUUGUCAUGAAAAGAUUAUCUGCUGUCAAUCAAAAGUAUGACAAUAACACACAAGACAGGAUUAUCAGACCUGAUAGGGAAGGAUCUGAUGCCGGAAGGAUGCAGGUGUUGGAUGAUGAUGGACUUGCUGCACCUGGCGAAAUUAUUCGACCAAAUGACAUAUAUAUUAACAAACAAUCGCCUAAAGUUACUAGGGGGCCACAAAUGAGUUCUGGACUAGCUGAUAGUGACUAUAAACCUGCAUAUCAGACGUUUAAAGGUCCUGAAGGGGAAUCUUGUGUGGUUGAUAAAGUUGCUCUUUAUUCUGAUAAGAAUAACAAUCUGUGUAUAAAAUUCCUAAUACGUCAUACUCGCCGACCAGAGCUUGGUGAUAAAUUUAGUAGCAGACAUGGACAGAAAGGUGUUUGUGGCACCAUUAUCCAACAGGAGGAUUUUCCUUUUUCUGAGCGUGGAAUUUGCCCUGAUUUGAUUAUGAAUCCUCAUGGGUUUCCAAGUCGAAUGACUAUAGGCAAGAUGAUAGAGCUUCUUGGAGGUAAAGCUGGAGUUUCAUGUGGCCAGUAUCACUAUGGCAGUGCAUUUGGAGAACCAAGUGGUCAUGCAGACAAGGUGGACGAUAUAAGUAAUACACUUGUGGACAAAGGAUUUAACUACUGUGGCAAGGACUUCCUUUAUUCAGGUAUCACUGGUUGUCCACUGCAGGCAUAUAUUUUCAUGGGACCAAUUUACUAUCAGAAGCUAAAGCAUAUGGUAUUGGAUAAAAUGCACGCCCGUGGUAGUGGCCCUCGAGUCAUGCUAACAAGACAACCAACUGAGGGAAGAGCUCGAAAUGGAGGUCUACGAGUAGGAGAAAUGGAACGCGAUUGUUUGAUUGCCUAUGGAGCAAGCAUGUUGAUAUUUGAGCGCCUAAUGAUUUCUAGUGAUCCUUUUGAAGUUCAGGUAUGCAGAGUUUGUGGUCUAUUGGGAUACUACAAUCACAAGCUUAAACAAGGAAUUUGUUCGUCAUGCAAAAACGGAGACAAUAUAUCAACCAUGAAAUUGCCUUAUGCAUGCAAGCUCUUGAUUCAGGAACUUCAAUCAAUGAACAUUGUUCCUCGCUUGAAACUAGCGGAGGCAUGAUCUGAUAGCUGUUUUCAUCACAAAUACAAAUGAAAUUUAAUCUCUAUUUUUAGGUUAGUUUAUAAGUUAUUGUUGUAUCAAGUUCUUCCCUUCAAACACAUUUUUUUUAUUGUAAAUUAUCUAGCGAGGCAAAGAACAAUUGUUCUCUGCAGUGAAAUCAAUUUUGUAAUUUUAAAAAAAAAUUAAUAUGAAGAGAGUGAAAUAGAGAUCGAGACAUUUCUUGCUUGAA